CAUUGUGAAUUAGGAAAGCAACUCAUCAUUAAUGUGGAUAUUCUGAAAACACUAAAGAAUGAUUGGACAAAAAACGGAGAGAUAUGCGACAAUACCAGUCUCCAAUUAAGCAGGCGAUGUCUUUGGCUCGGGUCUUCUGCCAUUUACAUGGCUAUUUGCAACCCAUAUCGAAUGCACAGAUACCUUUGGUCUCUGUACUCACAAGAACCCAAAAUAAUGUGAAACAUUGGCAACAUACUGCUCCACAACCAACAAGCUGUCGCUUGCAACUUCAGGAAGAAUGUCUUGAGCUUAGCUAUGGAGGGCUUGUGAUGCACUUUGACUAUGUGUGGUUACGGGAUCACUGCCGCUCUGCCUCCUGCUACAAUAGUAAGACAAACCAGAGGAACCUGGACACAGCAAAUGUGGAGCUGAACAUACAUCCAACAAACUACAGGGUGGAUGAUGAGAAUCUCUUUCUCACAUGGCCUGAUGGUCAUGUGACCAGGUACAACCUGAGUUGGCUGGCUCAGAACAGCUAUGAGGGACAGAAGCAGAGUGCCAUGCAGCCACGCAUUGUCUGGAACUCAGACAUCUAUACCAGUGCCAAGGUGCCCUUUGCCAACUGGGACAAGUUCAUGACCUGUGAUGAAGAACUGAAGAACUUCCUAAGUAACUUCCUGCUGUAUGGCAUUGCUUUUGUGGAGGGUGUUCCUUCCACUGUUGAGGCUACAGAGACGGUCACCAGGAGGGUGAGCCUUAUCAGAGAGACAAUGUAUGGCAAGAUGUGGAACUUCACAUCAGACUUCUCCAGAGGAGACACUGCAUAUACUAAAUUGGCCCUGGACCGCCACACAGACACCACAUACUUCCAGGAACCAUGUGGGAUCCAAGUGUUCCAUUGCCUUAGACAUGAGGGAACAGGAGGAAGAACACUUCUGGUGGAUGGAUUCUAUUCUGCAGGCCAAGUGCUGAAGAAGACGCCAGAACACUUUGAGCUGCUAGCACGGGUGCCAAUCAAGCAUGAGUACAUUGAAAAAGUCAGCAAACACCAAAAUCACAUGAUCGGCAUUGGACCUGUGCUCAACGUGUAUCCCUGGAACAAUGAGAUCUACAUGAUUCGGUACAAUAAUUAUGACCGUGCCGUCAUAAACACUGUCCCACAUGACAUUGUCAAGCGAUGGUACGUGGCUCACAGAGAGCUUACCACAGAGCUGAGGAAGCCAGAGAACGAGUUGUGGGUCAAACUGAAGCCUGGAAAGGUUCUCUUCAUUGACAACUGGCGUGUUAUGCAUGGUCGGGAGUCCUUCACAGGCCUGCGGCAACUGUGUGGCUGCUACCUGACCAGGGACGACGUCCUGAACACUGCCCGCUCCCUGGGUCUGCAGGCUUGAGUUAAGAGUCACCAUCUUGAGUGUCCAAAACAUUUUAGAUUUUAGUCAUUUAGGAGUUGCUUUUAUCCAGAGCAAAAUACAUGAUCAAUUAGGGUUAAGUGUCUUGCUAAAGGGCACAAUGACAGAUUUUUAUCCCCAUCAAAUAUGGGAUUUGAACAUGUGACCGUUCGGUUACUAGCACUAAAUUCCAACCAUUUCGUAAUUAAAUAGAAAAGACAAGACCUAAUCAGUCAUAAAAAUAUUGCUGAAUUAUUUA